CUAAAUAAAAAAGCAUAACGUAUGAUGCAUACAGUUAGUAGCGCUCCGUCGCUGUUAGAAGCUGGAGUAUGUUAGUGCUGGCAAUACUCUGCUGUGUGCUGGCCGCAAAUGCGAGCCAGGAUGGGGAAGCGAAACAAAGUCCAGUCGCACGCAGUCCAUCAGGGGAAUUCCUCGGCAUUUACAACGUGACGCGGCGCGGGCGACGCUACGAGGCGUACCGGGGUAUUAAAUAUGCUGAACCACCAGUUGGAGACCUUCGCUUCCAGCCGCCAGUACCAAUACUAAAGUACGAGGUGCCAGUGGAUGCCACUAAGAACGGACCAGCGUGCCCUCAACCCUCCAGCCCUGGCUACUUUGUGGAUGAAGACUGUCUUACCAUCAAUGUAUAUACUCCGACUGAGCAAGAAAGAAAGAAACCCCUCCCAGUGAUCUUCUUUAUACAUCCGGGAGGUUUCUACUCCAUGACGGGUCGCAGCGAUCUGUUUGCACCUGACUAUCUACUGGAUAGAGAUGUCGUCGUGGUCACUAUUAAUUAUAGGCUCGCUACUUUAGGAUUUCUUAGCACUGGCGAUAAGCUGGCACCCGGUAACAAUGGUCUCAAAGACCAAGUGGCUGCCUUGAAGUGGGUCCAGCGGAACAUAGCAGCGUUUGGGGGAAACCCACAGCUGGUUACAAUCGCUGGUUGUAGCUCUGGUUCUACUAGUGUUAUGCUACAUAUGAUAUCGCCUAUGUCUAAAGGUCUCUUCCACCGAGCCAUAUCAUUAAGCGGCUCUCCAGUCCGCAAAGUACGCAGUCCCACACAUUUGUACCCGCUGGCGGUACGGCAGGCAGAGCUGGUGGGCUGCCCCAGAAAUUCAUCCGGUGAUAUCGUCAAUUGUCUAAGGACUGUGCCAUGGAAGGAUCUGGGGCUCUCGUUGAAUAGAUUCUAUGAGUUCGGUUACGAUCCGCUAACCCUGUGGACUCCAGUGGUAGAAGCAGACUACGGCCAGGAGCGGUUUCUGCCCAUCGACCCAAUUGACGCCAUCCGCGAGGGCAGGAUGCAUCCCGUGCCUUACAUCAUCAGUAGAACGAAGGAUGAAUUCUUCUGGAAGGCUUUUACUAUUCUAAGGAACGAAACACUUUUGAGACGUAUGAACGAGAAUUGGGAAGACAUAGCUCCAAUAUCAUUUCUGUUACCACGAGAUAACUCGUCCAAUGCAACGCGGAGAUUGAGGCAUGAAUACUGUCUCGAUGACAUGAGGAAUGAUUCCGAUACAGCACACAACCUCGGCAGACUUUAUCUAGAUUCUAUAGAAAGUUUCCCCAUUUACAGAUUAACAAAAUUAAUGAGCAUCCAUUCGACUGCGCCCGUGUGGAGCUGUCUGUUCACUUAUAUCGGCAAUAACAGCUUCUACCAGGACCCUCGUUCUAAGAAACCUGUCGGUAGUGCACACCACGACGAUUUAUUAUACCUGUUCUACGUCGCGUACCGGUUCCCGCGGAUCGGGUUACAGGGCCCGGAUGCUGAUAUGGUGGAGAAGAUGCUCGGUAUUUGGUACAACUUCGCGAGAUACGGGGACCCCAACGACCGCGGAGACACGCCAGAGUUGUACAUACACUGGCCACCAACCUCCCCCAUUGAAAGACCCUAUCUACGUAUAGACAAACAACUCUCAAUACAUAAGAACCUCUUUGGCGAAUCUGCCGGCUUGUGGGAGGAACUUUAUCCGAUUCAAUAUUGAUUUGAAUGAAUAAAGAGAAGGAAGGAGAAGAAUGAAAAAAAGAAGAAAAUUAUUUAAUCGUUGUGUGCAAUAAGUUGACUCGA